ACUUAUGUAUGUGUGGGUGUUUAUAUUACAACAUAGAGGAAGCGUUAACUUCAAAAUGGACGUCAUUUACAAAAUUACGUUGCAAAGUAACACUAAAAUGAAGCGUGCAGUAGGGUGGGGCUAUAAUAUCAACCAACAGCGGUAACCACGAAGCUGAAAGUUCCCUAAGACACCGGCGUGUAGUUGAAGGCCAAUAAGAGAUGAUGGGAGGCUGACCUGCGGCGGCGCCGAGGAGGAAGUCACCUUGUUACUACCUGCUCCGACUUGACACAGUCAGCCGCCAUGGUGCAAGGGGGAGUAUGGCACGACAGACUCCUCAUGAAAACUUUAACCCACCCGAACCAGAACGGACUGAAAUGCAAAGAGACGCAGGCCUGUGACGACGCGACACAGAAAGGCUCGGAGCCCAUUGUCACCUCAAGGCAGCACAGGCUGGAGUCCUCGAAACAUGUCCCCGUGCUCAUUGAGGUCUUGUUAUACCUUCGCUCAUCCAUUGUCAUUCUGUUUGGCCACUUGAGAGACUUCCUGAGAGCAGUUGGCAUAGGAGAGCGCAAAUGCACUCGGGGGAGAGAAAAGCAGAAGAAACAUGUCCAGGGACCAGCAGUCACCUUUGGGCAACACAGACAGGAAGUUUUCGAAAAGGCCCCCAUGCACGUGGCUGUCCUGACGUACCUGGGCUUUGGCAUCGUCACCCUCUUUGGCUACUUUAGAGACUUCCUCAGAGCUGUGGGCUUAGAGAAACGCAAUAUCGCCCAGGAACGAGAGGAACAGAAGGAUUUCGUUCCACUUUACCAGGACUUUGAGAACUUCUACACUCGGAACCUGUACAUGAGAGUACGAGACAACUGGAACCGACCCAUAUGCAGCCUACCAGGACCUGUUUUGGACCUGAUGGAGAGAGUUUCUGAUGACUACAACUGGACAUUCAGAUUAACUGGCAGGACAAUACACAAUGUUAUCAACAUGGGCUCUUACAACUACCUCGGGUUUGCAGAGAACAACGCUGAGUUCCUUGAAACGGUGGCGGAAAAAACACGCCGGUAUGGAGUCGGUGUGUGUAGCACACGUCAGGAAACAGGUACGCUGGACAUUCACGUAGAGCUGGAGCAGCAAGUGGCUAAUUUCCUUGGAGUGGAGUCCUCAAUGGUGUUUGGGAUGGGGUUCGCCACUAACUCCAUGAACAUUCCUGCACUUGUUGGCAAGGGUUGUUUAAUCCUGAGCGAUGAGCUCAACCACACCUCGCUCAUUUUAGGGGCAAGAUUGUCAGGAGCGACCAUCAAGGUGUACAAACACAACGAUAUGGAUCAUUUAGAGCGGCAGUUAAGAGAGUCGAUCUCCUCAGGACAGCUUCGGACCCACAGACCUUGGAGGAAAAUCCUGAUUAUGGUGGAAGGCAUCUAUAGCAUGGAGGGCUCGGUGGUGCGACUACCUGAGCUGAUCGCUCUGAAGAAGAAAUAUAAGGUGUGUCUGUACCUGGAUGAGGCCCACAGCAUUGGAGCUGUGGGGGCCACAGGAAAGGGAGUGACAGAACUGUUUGGUGUGAACCCAGAAGAUGUGGACGUGAUGAUGGGCACCUUCACCAAGAGCUUUGGGGCUGCAGGAGGUUAUAUUGCAGGAAAAAAGGACCUGGUAGACUACCUGCGCAGCCGGUCCCACAGCGCCAUGUACACCUCGGGCAUGUCUCCCCCUAUAGCUGAGCAGAUCUUACGGGCCAUAAAGUGCAUCACAGGGCAAGAUGGAAGUGAAGAGGGUAUCAGACGCAUUCGGCAGCUGGCGCAGAACACUCGAUACUUCAGGGCCAAAGUGAAGGAGAUGGGCUUCAUCAUCUACGGCAACGACGACUCCCCCGUGGUCCCUAUCCUGCUCUAUAUGCCGGGCAAAGUAGUCGCUUUUGCUCGAGAGAUGCUGGAGAGGAAAAUUGCCGUGGUCGUGGUCGGAUUCCCCGCCACGCCGCUUACGGAGGCCCGAGCUCGCUUCUGCAUGUCUGCUGCCCACACCAAAGACAUGCUGGAUGAGGUACUGCACCACCUCAACCAAGUGGGAGAUGAUUUUGGUCUGAAAUUCUCACGUCGGAAAUAAUCUUGCCCCGCCCCCAGUCCGACCUCAGCGUUGGGACGGAAUUAGAGCCGGACGGCUAACCUGAAACUUGACCUCUUGGCUUCUCGGUGUCAAAACCGAAGUCAAGAAUGUUACCAGUGGUUGGACGACAACAGCACGCGGGAUGCAAAUAAGACGCCAAGUACUUGAUGGGGUUCCAACAAAAAUCUCCUGACAUUCUCUUGUAUAUAUGAUUUGUGGUGAAAAUUAAAAUUGUACUUUCACUGAA